AUGUCGGGGAGCGGACGAAAGAGUGCGUACCGCAAAGGCGUGACCAAGCGCGUGCUCUAUGGCGACCCGGAGCCCACGGAGAACGAGGUCAUUGUCUGCGUGACGGCAUUGCGAGGCAGUAACUUGUUCGAGGUGGUGGACGCCCACGGAGCCAAGUCCGUGACGAUGCUGCCGACGAAAUUCCGCAAACUUAUCUGGAUUAAACGAGGCGAUUUCCUGAUUGUCGGUGAGGGCGACGGCGGUGAGGCCACAACUGCCACGGGCAAGAAGGGUGCCGUGACGUCGAUCGUGGUGCACAUUUUGUACAAAGAGCAGAUCAAGAACCUGAAGCAGAAAGAUCUUUGGCCCGCGGAAUUCAACACUUUACCUAUUGGACCAGCAUGGGCACAAGGAGGCGCUGUGAACGACGAGGAAGAGCAGAAAGAUGGAGAAGACGUCGAUAGUGAUGCUGAACAAGAGUCUCAGCUGGCUGUGUCUGUGGACCAGAGAAAGAUCACGGUAGUGGAUGACCGAUUUGCGCAAAUGCACGUGAAUCGAAAUCGCCGCAAGGGUCACUUCGACGACGAAGAAGACGACGAUAGCGAUGAAGAGUAA